GUGACAUGCGCGUACAGAAAAAUGGUAGCCAGCACUGCUGAUGCUGGUUGAUGUCGGAACAACUUAACUAACAUUCGUGCAUGCUAAGAAUUUCCUCAAAGGGUCGCCUGAGGCAGAUACCCAAACGAAGUUUGGAAAGAAGCUGCACCUAUGUGGAAAUGCAGUAAAACGGGACGUCGAAAUUGAGGUCAGCGUUGGCAAGCAAUCGCCGCAAAUAUGUCUGGGUCUGGAGGCGUAGAUUUAGCAACGGCAACAACGACUAGCAAUCCGUCGGCUGAUCCCAGUCGUGGGGUUAGCGUGUGCGCUGUGAAGACGCCGCGUGAACCGGCAGGGAAACUGAAUGUGAUGAACGGCCCUGAUGUUGGAAGUACGGAAGAAGACAACCAUUCUAGUACAGGGGACGGGAAAAGUGGGGGGAAUUUCAUUUGCCAAGUUGGAGGAGGUAGCCUGAGUAAGAUGAAUCAACAUAAUCAUGACGACACAGAAAGUCAUGAUCAUGAAUCCGUGGUGAAUUGUUUGGCGACGAAUGAAUGCUCGAGUGAAAAAGGACCUGCAACAGUUGGUGCCAAAGGCUGCUCCUGCAGCGACAAAAAUACGAACGAAAUUUGUCAUUUAGGUACACCUGACAUGCCUGAUGCAAAAAUUGUUGAUAAAGACACAAAAACAGACACACCGAACAAAAUAAUGAAGCAAAAGAUGAACAUGGCCAAAGAGGCAGAAGCUGCUUCCGACCAUGGAAUGACAAAUGGUUGUGAUUGCCAUGUGGAUGAAGCAUUGCUGAAAACUGACGAACACGAUGUUGGUAGCCCAAAGGCCGUAAAAUCAGAAACACUUAAGAAUCCUAACGUCCUGUGCCAAUCUCGAGACAACUUGGGAAAUGUGACCUGCAAUUGUGAUGAGAAAAUGAGUGAACCUUUAACUGAUCUGACAAAAAUGGUUGAGAAUAUUUGCCUGGAAAGUGAUGAUGCCCAAAAGAUGGACUUUUCGUCAUCAACGGAGAAAAGCAAGUCGGAGGCAUCAGCCUGUUCUGAGCAGGGAGCAGCGUGUGCUGAUUUACUUGCAGGGAUGGAGCAGUCCUUCGGCGUCAUGGGACCAGCAGUGGCUGGUGAUCUCGACGAUGCAGAAUUAGAGGAGCUUCCAGCCUCCCUCUCUGACUUUGUUCUCGGUUGCCAUAACAACCAGUACACAGUGCCUCCCUGUCCGCCCAAUGACAGCGAUAUCAACACGAUACACAUUCAGACUGAGACAGGUCCUGAUGAUCACCCAGUCACCCUUAUGCCGUACAAGUCGGAAGUCCAGAUGCCAGACAUAAUGAGGCUCAUCACAAAAGAUUUGUCUGAGCCGUACUCAAUUUACACGUAUCGUUACUUUAUUCAUAAUUGGCCUCAACUUUGUUUUUUGGCAAUGCACCAAGACAAGUGCGUAGGGGCGAUAGUGUGCAAGCUGGAUGUCCACAAGAAGAUGGCGCGACGGGGCUACAUAGCCAUGCUGGCAGUGGAUGAACACUACAGGAAGCUUCAAAUUGGCUCAAGUCUGGUGAAGAAAGCCAUCCGUGCCAUGGUCAGGGGAGAGUGUGAUGAGGUUGUUCUAGAGACAGAGAUUACCAACAAGCCGGCUCUAAGACUGUACGAGAACCUCGGCUUUCUACGAGACAAAAGGCUCUUCCGGUAUUAUCUCAACGGUGUGGACGCUCUACGGCUCAAACUUUGGUUGAGGUAAAAAAAAA